AUGACAUAUCUCAGAACAUUCCUCAGCUCGGCCGCCCAGUUCAGCUUUGAGCUAUCCUACGGACGUAAAAAGCGUUACAUCAAUAUAAACGGGUUCUUCCAAUUCACUAUUUCAGUUCUGAUCAAAGGUUCUGCCAGAAACAAUAACCUGAGGAUUUCCAAUGAUUUUAUGUCACAAUUACUCCUUUUUUCCAGUUCAAAAGAAGUGUAUCCAAACAAUCCAUUUGACAAUGGGAGUAACACAAAUUCCAUUGAAUUGGAGAGAUAUGUAAGCCAACACUGCCAUACCAGAAUAUCAUCAGAAAUUGAAAACCGCGAAAAGCAACAAGCAAGAAGGAAACUCUAUGUUGCUGCUAUUGUUUGCCUAAUAUUUAUGGUUGGGGAAAUUGUAGGUGGCUACUUUGCUCACAGUCUGGCAAUUAUGACAGAUGCAGCACAUUUGCUAACAGACUUCGGCAGUAUGUUAGUUAGUCUCUUUUCCCUUUGGAUUUCUGCACGUCCUGCCACAAAAGCUAUGAAUUUUGGCUGGCAUAGAUCAGAGAUUCUGGGGGCCCUUGUUUCUGUGUUGUCAAUCUGGGUGGUGACAGGGGUGUUGGUCUACCUUGCUAUCCAGCGACUGAUCAGCAAGGACUUUGAGAUUGAAGGCCAUGUUAUGCUUAUAACAUCUGGGUGUGCAGUAGGAGUCAAUAUCAUAAUGGCUGUCAUACUGCACCAGUCAACCCCUUUGCACAGUUACGUCCACAGGCACAGUCAUGGGGGUGGAUUCAGCUAUGAGAAAUUAGAAAACGGCGCUGUUGACAGUUGCACCACUGGAGCAGGUCAUCAUGGCAACACCAGUGUGAGAGCUGCCUUUGUACAUGUCAUUGGAGACUUGCUGCAGAGCAUUGGGGUGUUCGUGGCAGCUAUCAUCAUCUUCUUUAAGCCUUCUUGUAAAAUUGCUGAUCCUAUUUCUACAUUCCUUUUCUCCAUUUUUGUCCUGGGCACCACCAGUACCAUUUUAAAGGAUGUCUUCCGUGUGCUUAUGGAAGGCACCCCGAAAGGAAUGAAUUUCAAUGUGGUGAAGGACGUUCUUCUCUCUAUUGAAGGAGUGAAAGCCAUGCACAGCCUCCACCUCUGGUCUUUGACUUUAAGCCAGUCUGUGCUCUCAGUUCACAUUGCUAUUGAGGAGAAUGCAGAUGCUCAGACAGUGUUGAAGGAAGCUACUGAUAGCCUUCAAAGCAAGUUUACUUUUCAUACCACGACAAUUCAGGUCGAAAAAUAUUCAGAUGACAUGUUGGACUGCACCCAAUGUCAAGAUCCAAAGGACUGA